AUGAACCAAAACUCAUUACAAAGAAACUACAAUUAUAGAACAGCUAAUUUUGGGAAGCUAGAGGAAAAUUCCAUAUCUUUCAACAGACAAUCUUUUCAAAUACAACAUUUUCCUGCUUCAUCAUCUAGAAUAUCAUCUAAUGGUGGCUCUCCUAGAGCUGAAUUUUUAAAUAAACAUGUACAUGUUACCACUAAAAGUAAUCAAAAUGAUCCUAAUAAUGGGAUACGUGAAAACUCCAAACUAAAUAACGAUGUUAGUAAAAAUCGAAAUAUGAGAUAUAAAAAAAGAAUAAAUUUAUUCUCUAGAGAGAAGCUUUCUCCUGGGCCAAUAUAUAGUAUAGGGACAAAAAAAGAAUUAUCUAGUAUUGAUAAGAUUAAUGAUCCAGCUGCAAAUACUUUAGUUUGUGCAGGAAAAACGCACUUGGGAUUAUACAAAUUUUCACCACAGAAGAAAUCUAUAUCACUUGUACAUGAUUUUAUGAGUACUAAUCAAUCUAGCCAGGGUAUAAUUAAACGAAAUAAGCAAGUAAAAUUAAGUACUAUUGCUGAUGUGAAAACAGGCUAUUACAAUUAUAAAAACUAUGUUGCAGUUUCCAGCAAUUCUACAGUAAUAUCUAUAUAUGAUAUAAAUCGAUCUAAAUCAACAAAUAAUCCUUUAGUAUCCUCUUUUCAACAACAUACUAGAUCCAUUAAUAGUUUUGAUUUCAAUAUGGUUCAUACAAAUUUGAUUAUAAGUGGAGGUCAAGAUGGCUGUAUAAAGAUUUGGGAUUUAAGAUCAAAUAAUCCUAACCGCUGUGAUGUUAGUAUUAGCACAUCAUCUGAUUCAGUUAGGGACGUUAAAUGGAUGCCUUAUCAUAAUUUUUCGUCAACCCCUACGGGAGGGUUAGAAGCAUCAAGUGAGAAUUCCAUGGGCUACAAAUUUGCAUCCAUACAUGACUCUGGGUUGUUACUAAAAUUCGAUAUUCGACAGCCAAAUCAAGUAGAACAAAAAAUUAAUGCACAUACUGGGCCUGGCUUGUGUUUAAAUUGGCAUCCGAAUCUCAAUUAUAUUACAACUGGUGGUAGAGAUGGUAAAUUAUGUGUUUGGAAUUUAGGAGACCGAAAUAUUUCAGAUAUUUCUACUACUCCAACUAGCCUGUCUACCCCUUUCAGUCUAGGAACUGGAAAUACUACUUCACUUAACUCAAUAAUUUUACCUGAAAUAACUAUUAAUACAGGGUUUCCUGUUACAAAGCUUAAAUUUCGUCCUGCGUAUGUUAAAAAUUUAGUAAAUUCUUUAUUUGCUACUUCCUCGAUGGGUGAAGAAGCUGGUGUCAGUGUUUAUUCUUUAGCUAGAAAGUAUAUUCCCAAACAUACACUAAUGACUAGUUCCCCAUCUCUGGGCUUAGUAUGGUGGGAUGACUCCAUUAUAUUUAAUAUUGAUAGAAAUUACACUAUUAAUGGAUGGGAUCUGGACGAGGAACCAACUGUUUUAGACAAUAUGCCUAAGUCCAAAGUUACUUGGAGAGACAUCGAUGGCCAUGGGUUACUUUUCAUUAAUCAAAAUAUGGGUGGUUAUGAUGUACCAGAUUCAGUGAUUAAAAAUAUACAAUUGAGAGAAAAGGCUCCUAACGGUAGAGUCAAACUAAACAACUUCAUAAAUUCUAAUGUAAGUGCUGGGAAUACUAGGCUAAUUGAUAGUUUAAAAAAAGGUAUGAGUUAUUCUGCAUUGUCUUCUCUGGGGAACGAAAGGCCAUCAAAGCCAGUUCCAACUAUGAGUAACAAAAGUUUAUCAACUAUUUCUGCCAAUUCUUCACACAACAAUUCGGUUAUUUCUUCUCCUUUAACCUAUGCAUUUAAUAAUGAUCAAAAAAGCCAUCAAAAUAUUCCUUCACCUCUGUUAAUUCCUCUUAAUUUACCACAUAUUAUUAACGAUAUGCGUUUGUCAAGAUUUCCUAAGAAUAAACAAAAAUUAUGUACACCUGAAAUUAAAGCCAUCAAAGAAUCACCUAUUGAAGUUUUCCAAUUUUUAGCUAAAGAAUUAGAAUUUUCUUCAGUGCAGGAAAAGCAAAUUGAGGAGUCAAAACUAACUAAAAAGACAUUACGCAAAUAUGAUGAAGAAUCUGAAAAUGAUCUUAUGAAACGAUUUGGAUUGGGAGAUAUGACUACCUGGACUAACUUAAUUAGUAAAAAAACUGAUGAUGACCAAUCUUCAACGAACAACUCUGAUGAUGAAAAUGAAUCUGAUAAUAUAUCCUAUACUGAUGGGGAAUAUACAAUACCGGACAAUAAUUCAUCGAUAAUGACAAAAAGUACUGUAAAACUAAGUAAGACUAUUACUGCAAAUUCUACAUUCAAACAAAAAACUGAAUUAUUAUUUAGAUUAGUCACUAUCUGUAAUCAUAAUGCAUCAGUGUAUUCAUUCAUUGAUGACUUAUCAAAUUUUAAGAUAUGGAUUUUAAUUAGGGAUUCUCUGCUUUGGGAUUUAAAAUGGUUAUGUGGGUCCUCCUUAGAUCCAACUGCCGAUGGACAGGAAGAGCUCGGGGAUAAUCAUUUAAAACGUACCAAUGGUAUUACACCAAUACAGCUUGGUAAGGAUGUAUCUGUUAGUGAUACUGAGUCCUUAGAAAAUAUUAAGAAUGGUAGUGAAAACAUAGUUAAUCCCUACCUAAAUGAGAAAGUUAUACAAUAUAUUCCUAAAAAGGAGAAAGAGCCAAUGAAAAAGAGUAAGAGUUUAGUGAGUGAUUUUGGUGAUCAAAUAAGUCAUCAUUCGAAUUUAAAAAAGCAGCUAUUACUCGAAAAAAAGAAGCUACAAUUUGACUCUGUUAGUAACGGUGACGAUAAUAAAUUAAAGGAUAAUAAAAGUAAAAAAUCAGAGAUGCUGCAAACUGAGACAUCCCCAUUCUAUGCAAAUCAUCUAAUUGAGGAUGGUUCAAGGGGAACGGAAUUAAAAGAGGUUUCCACAACUACUACUGAUGGAGAACAUGCUCUAGAUUCAAAUAAUAGUAGUCAUAGUAGCAAAGAAAUUAAAUCAGAUAAUGAGAAUAAAAUUCAGACUAGUAGAUCAAUCAGUAUGGUAAAAGAAAGUUAUUAUCCUAAUGGUAUCCCAAUUGUCAAUAAAAGAAAACCACGCACAUCAUUUGUAGAUACUUUUAUGCCCGAUCCCAGAUCUCUUGGUGGUAUUAUCGACACAAGUGUGUUAUCAAAUUCUAAAUCAAGUCGUUCUUUUGAUCGUAGUCCUACAUCGAAAUUUACAUCUACUAAAGAAUUUCAAGCCAAUGCUUCACAGUCAAUUGCAAUUAUGACAAAAAUGUCUCACACUAGGUCUCUAGAUGAAUCUCCAGGAAACCGUUUUAAAGAUGGUCCGUUUGCACAAGGAGUUUUUGCUACCGAAUUUAUGGAAUCAUUGCAGAGUUUGAGAAAAUGGGAUUCUCCACAAUUUGAAGAUGAGAAAUCAAGAGUAAUUGCACCUUGGAACACUAACAGGCUACUGAGACAAUUAUUUUCUCAAGCUACUGAAUCAGGAAAUAUUCUGUUAGCAAUCAAUAUUCUUACCUUAUUUCAAAACAUAUAUGAAGUUACUGGGACAGAUAUUGUUAAAAAUUGUUUUUCUCAAUUCAUUAACCUGUUGCAUAGAUAUGAAUUGUUCGAAAUUGCAUCUGCUCAAUUGAAAUAUAGUCCUUGGUUUGACAUUUUUGAAUCAGAUACAAGACAUGAUGAAUUCCAAAUCUACUGUGAAAGUUGUGGUAAAUUAGUCACCAAUUCACCAUCUAAGGAAAAAUGCUCUGAAGAGUUCCAAAACACAGGAGACCCUGCCGCAUUAGAACGAUUCGGGUACUGGUAUUGUGACUCAUGCAGAAAGCCAAACACUCUAUGUGUUAUUUGUGAACAACCGAUGAAGAAAUUGGCCAUUUGUUUAUUGGAAUGUGGUCAUGAAUUCCACUUCGAGUGUGGUCAACAAUGGUUCCUCGAAGAAAAAAUGGAUGAAUGUCCUGCUGGCUGUCUCUACAGUCCCCCAAUAUAA